GACGAUUUGAUUUUCCUCCCUCUCGUUCUCUGUUGUUGUUCUCGGUGACGCGAUGGAGGUGUAGCCUGACGCGGUCUCUUACGUGUCGGCCUGAAUAAAAGUGGAGCUCCGAGGGCCCGGGAGUGACGGAGGGAGUCUGUAUCGCUAAGUCGAUGACCAUGGAGUCGGCAGUAGAGGUUCAGCAGGGAGGAGACACAGCAGUGUCAGAGACAGACAGCCAACAGAUCGCCCACUCACAGCAGGAUUAUGUUUAUGCUUUGCAGGUUUCCAUGGCAGCGGGCCACGCCACGUCCAGUGGUCCUACGGUCACCCUGGUGCAGUUGCCUAACGGUCAGACGGUCCAGGUUCACGGGGUCAUCCAGGCCGCUCAGCCCUCGGUCAUACAGUCACCACAGGUCCAGACUGUUCAGAUCUCCAACAUAGCAGAGAGUGAAGACUCCCAGGAGUCAGUUGACAGUGUGAUUGACUCUCAGAAACGCAGAGAGAUCCUCUCACGACGCCCCUCAUACAGGAAGAUCCUGAAUGACCUGUCAUCAGGUGACACCCCGGGGGUUCCCAGGAUUGAGGAAGAGAAGUCGGAGGAGGACCUAGCGCCCGCCAUCACCACGGUUACCAUGCCCACAUCAUGCCCUAUCUACCAGACCAGCAGUGGCCAGUACAUCGCCAUCACCCAAGGCGGUGCGAUCCAGUUGGCCAAUAACGGAACAGACGCGGUCCAGGGACUGCAGACCCUGACCAUGUCCAACGCUGCGGCCGCCCAGCAGGGCACCACCAUCCUGCAGUACGCCCAGACCUCGGACGGCCAGCAGAUCCUGGUGCCCAGCAACCAGGUGGUAGUGCAAGCUGCGUCUGGAGAUGUGCAGGCCUACCAGAUCCGCACGGUCCCCAACAGCACCAUCGCCUCUGGGGUGGUCAUGGCUUCCUCCCCUGCCCUGUCUGGCCAGGGGGGCCCAGAGGUAGAAGUUACCCGCAAGAGAGAGGUCAGACUCAUGAAGAACAGAGAGGCGGCCCGCGAGUGUCGCAGGAAGAAGAAGGAGUAUGUCAAGUGUCUGGAGAACCGCGUGGCCGUGCUGGAGAACCAGAAUAAAACCCUGAUAGAAGAACUGAAAGCUCUUAAAGACCUGUACUGCCAUAAAUCUGAGUAGCCCCAAACUACCGCAUCAGACUGCCCACUGACCUGUACAGAGACUCUGCCAAGCAUUUGCCCCCAGGCAUGACCCCUGACAUCUGAAGCAAGAGGAUGUGAGAGAGAAGACAGAAUGAAAAUGGAUUGAUGGAUGGGAGAUCAGUGACGGACAGUGCUUUGUGGGAAUUGUAGUUUUGUAGGUAAACACAACCACCCCGGCCCAUACGUCCCCCAAUCUCCCAUCCACCAAUCUAUUUUCACCAUGUCUUCUCUCUCACAUCCUCUUGCUUCCACUCCUUCUUCUCCCGCUCACUUGUUAUCCACCUUUUCAUCUAUCUUCUCCUCUCCCAACUUGUCUCAAUGUUAUCACAUCGUGGAACACGAAGGAUGAGGAUUCAUGUGUCAGUUGUGGAUCCAGAGAGAACGUGAUGAAACAAAACACUAACUCUUACACUAUUCAAGCUUCUUGUUUGGGGUUUGUUUACUUGGAAGUCAAGUCACAGACUUCCCACAUUGUUAGUCAUUUUUUUAUUAACCCGAAGCCUCUUAUGUAAUCACUAACAAUGGUUAGCCAAUCAAACAAGAGGGUUAGUGUCUGACUGUUCAAUAAGCUCAAGAGAAGGUCAAAACAAGGAAGUCAAGACAGCCUCUAGAACCCUGGUAUUGGAGUCAGUUAGGACAUGUAUAUGAGAUUGCUUUGCACAGUAGAUCAGAUGAGAUCAGAUCAUGUUGUUUUGAGUUAAACCUCCAUGAUCAAGAUAACCCAUCAACUCGGAUUCAUCUUCCAUUUCAACUGUCUUGGGUGUUUUCUUCCUUUUGUUACUUGUUGAUAUCUGAGAUUUUAUAAACUUUUGUUACACUCUAAAGAUGUAGGUUGUUGCUGGGUGGCGGUGGAAUUUGGAUCCCAUAUAACUACUAAAGGAAACACAUUCAUAUCUGCAGAUAGGAACCAAUUGUCAGUACACUCCACAGCCUGAAAUUCACCCAAGUAAAUCUUGCUGGAAUAGAUCAUUUUGUUAUCUCUGGCAUAGAUACAUACACAUAUUUACAGUGAGUGAAUGACUGUACAUGCAUACAUAUGAUUACAUUAACAAUACGUUACUAGGUUUACAUAGGACUUGGGAUCCAUCUUCCAACGUCACAGACAGAGAUACUUUGUGUUCUGUUUAUGAUUGGGUAAAGUAGUACCAUAUUGUAUUACAUAUGAGUUAUUUUUCUUUUGAUAUUAUUAUUGUACAUGGAGCCUACAGCAUGUGUAGAUUUUACUAUGAUAUUUCUAUAGAUUUGGGAGAAAAAAAAUCUUAUGCAUAAUAUGAAACCAAUAUAGAUUUACGUAUUUGUAUCAUACACUGCAGUACAUAAAAUGUAAACAAUAUACAGUACAUCUAUAUUCCUUUAGCUUACCAGGCUUAUCACAAUGUCGGCAGCUAAAAGGCCUUUUUUAAACUCCUCUGCUCACCUUUAGGUUUUGUUAACCUAACGUAGCGGGCGUUUCUCUCUUUCUGGUCCUGACGAGAAAAAGAAACUGUCAGGAGAGGUUCUCUUCUGCACUGUUGAACCAAUCUAGUACAUGUGGAGGAGGAGUUAAGAUGGAGUGUCGCCUUGUUAACGUCCAAAAACGGAAGUGUCAUCACAGGCUCUCUUUCCAUUUCCCCUGAAAACCGGAUGCAUCCGGUAGAGUCCGACCCCGCACAGAGUGCCUUUUCUAGACAGGCGAGUGGACAGCCUGUCUGAAGCUAUUACGGACCUACAAGAUAUAUCACUUCAAUUAUUGCUCUAGGUUUCAUUUGGCUGUAAAUGGCUAAGAAAUCAAUUUGAUGCUUCCUGCCACACCGCUCAUCUGUACAGAGGACUGAGAGCCCCAAGUGGUUGUAAAAUCCUCGAGCAAAUGUUGUAACAGGUUUACUACAAAUGUAUUUUAUCACAGAGGCCUGUGAAAUGUAUCUUUUUUUUACUUGUUAUAUUUUUCCUCGUAGAAAAGGCAGCAACACCAUGAUGCACCGAAAGCUGUUUUCCUUUUUUGUUAGGUAUUAUGUCAUGUGUAAUGUCACAGUACAGUAAAUGCAUUUGUUUUAGUUUUUAUUAAUUGUGUUUUAUGAAUAAGAAUUCAUUUUAGACACCAGAACACACUAUGGUUCAGCCAAAUACGAACCUGUAAUAUCUCAAUACAAAACUUGAUUUGUGGAAAUAAUCUGUACCAAAAUCCUAGUUUGUUAGUCUUUUUGUAUUCAGGAGGAUGCAUCAGGAAUCUAAAUAUGUUCAAUCUGGGUGAACCAUGAAAAACAAAUCAACACAUUGGAAUUUGAAAAACUAUCUUCAAUGUGAAUACCCAGAUUAAUCUCCCACACUAAUAUAACAAAGCAUUGCUUCUUGAGUUUUCAGUUUGCUGUUGGGGCGGGGAUAAAGAGUAGCCUAAAUAUGACUGAUGAAGUUUAAUGGUUUGUAUUUUUACUGUGUUUGUAUUUUAAGAUUAAGUCAAUCCAGUGUUGCUCUUUUUUUAUACAUUAAAUGACUGUUUAAAAUGUACUGUAUUCAUCAUGUUAUCUGAAUGUUGUAAAUAGGAAACUGGAUUGGGGUGAAAUUGUCACAGAAAGAAAUGUGCUUGUGAUUGUACAAUGGCAGCACUGUAAUUUUGUUCUUCUGUUGUGAGCAAACGGCAAAGCCAUACAUUGAUUUGUAUGGAUAAUCCCUCUUUCCUGGCCCUACUCUGUUUCACACAGAUGAUUUGACGUGAUAAAUUGCAGGGGGGAUCUCUCAGCAGAGCUUUUUCAGGGUAGAUCACGCAUUCAUGCUGACGGGAUGCAAUUUGACACAGCACACCUUGAGCCUCAGCUUUGCCGGCUUUGAAAAAACUAUUAUUUUAUGACAGAAGAGCAGAUCUGACAAGAGCAGGACCCAGUUUACCAAAAGCAUAUUUUGAAAAAUUAUCAAUUUCACAGGCCUCUGUGAUAAAAUACAUUGUAGUAAACCUGUUACAACAUUUGCUCGAGGCUUUUACAACCAACCACUUGGGGCUCUCGGCCCUCUGUACAGAUGAGCGGUGUGGCAGGCAGCAUCAAAUUGAUUUCUUAGCCACUUACAGCUAAAUGAAACCUAGUGCAUUUUGGGAAACCGAGCCCAGGUCAAUGCCUCUAACAACACAGCAUGUGAGAUUUGCUUGAAAAGAACAUGAAUUGUCAUCUUGACAAAAUACCAGUGAAGAUGCCAAUCGGUCAAUUUGCCUAUAGGCUUGUUUAUUUGUAUUAAAUUCAGUUUAAGUAGCUGAAUUAAUUGAAGAAUAUCUAUAUCUUAUAGUGGUUUGGUUUCUGGAGCAUUUUGAGGUUCAUAGAAACCUGGCUUUACUUCUUGCAUGAACAGCCUGUCAUAGCCAAACUUUGAACAAUAACCUAUUUCUAAACUUUUGUGCCCUGUUUGUAUAUUGCUAAUUUUACAAGUUGUAAUCUUUAAAUACUGUUUAUUGUACAUAAUGUAAUCCUGUUAGGGGAGGUUGUAUUGUGUUCCAGUUGUGUAUCAGUCAGUUGUAUAUACUGUGAACAGCAUUACUUUGCUAAACACGCCACACUCAAGACAGAUUUGAAAGUGCUAUGUAACACUUAUUGUACCGCUCUUUUGGAAACAUUUAUGCUACAAUAAAUUGCAUUCAAAGUG